AUCUUGUCCUUAGCAGUCUUCCUCAAUGAGCUUGUAGUCCUUGUUUCUGCUGAGGAAGUAGAUCUCGGAGUCUCACACACACUCUUUUUCACCAUCCACACCAAAAAGAGUUUUGAAGACGAAAGCUGACACUUUCUCUGUUCCUUCCUGCAACAUUCACAGAUCCACAACCUUUAUCUCUUUUUUUUCUUUUUUUCUUUUUUUAAAUCUGUGGAAUUUGGAGUUUCACUUGGGAUAAAAUCUUUCGGCCAUUUUUCCAAUGUCGUGGCUCACGGCUUUGGCUUUUCUGCUCGGUGUUUUGAGCUUCGUGGGCAUCGAAGCCUCGAUCCAUGAGUACGCCGCAGUGAGAUUCGCGCCCAAAGGAAACGCCUUUGUGGUUCAUGGAGGUAGCGAGGGGAUUUACUCUUCCACCGCUGCUCUAAAUGACACCGAUGUCUCUGCAAAUGGGGACUCUUUCAUUCGCUUUGACAAAGUUACAUUUCGGAGAACCAAGGAAUCUGCAAACUUCAGCUCUGGAUCUGUCAAUGCCAUUAUAUUUGAGGUGGAAGAUAGAGAAACAAUUGGAGGUUCAGCCUAUGGUGGUCAAAGAGCAGUAUGCUGCACUGGAGAUCUUGCAAAGCUGGGUGUGUGUACAGAAGGAGAAGUCAUUCGCCGUCCGUCCAGUAAGAAUCCAGGUUGGCCCCAAGUAUUUGGUGUCUCAUUUGACACUGAUGAAGAAGUUGCAACAUUGCCAACAAAUUCCAUACAGAUUACAAAAACUGGGAUGUAUAACCUCUAUUUCAUUCAUUGUGAUUUGAGGCUUAAGAAUUUGGUCAUAGAGGGAAAGACAAUAUGGAAAAAUCCUACUGGAUACUUACCUGGUAGAAUGGCACCCCUUAUGAAUUUCUACUGGUUCAUGUCCUUUGCUUUUAUACUUCUUGGAAUCUUUUGGUUCUCACAAUAUGCAAGAUUCUGGAAAGAAGUUCUUCAACUGCAGAACUGUAUCACUCUAGUAAUAACGUUGGGCAUGUUUGAGAUGGCUUUCUGGUAUUUUGAGUACGCUGGAUUCAACAAGACUGGAAUUAGGCCUACUGGGAUAACUUUAUGGGCAGUCACCUUUGGGACUGUUAAACGUACUGUUGCACGUUUGAUCAUAUUAAUGGUUUCAAUGGGCUAUGGUGUUGUUAGGCCUACCCUAGGUGGUCUUACAUCAAAGGUUAUUAUGCUUGGAGCGACCUUCUUCUUGGCAUCUGAAAUUCUUGAAUUGGUGGAAAAUGUUGGUGCAGUCAGUGAUCUUUCAGGGAAGGCAAGGCUGUUCUUUGUUCUUCCUGUGGCAAUGUUGGAUGCUUUCUUCAUUCUUUGGAUAUUUACUUCCCUCUCUGCAACAUUAAAUAAGCUUCAGGCUAGGAGAAUGUUGGUUAAACUAGACAUUUACAGGAAGUUUACAAAUGCUUUGGCAGUAGCAGUUUUAGUUUCUGUGGGUUGGACAUGCUAUGAGCUCUAUUUCAAGUCGAAUGAUGUUUACAAUGAGAAGUGGCAGGAGGCAUGGAUCAUCCCUGCCUUCUGGCAAGUCCUAUCUUUCUCUCUCCUAUGUGUCAUCUGUGCUCUUUGGGCACCCUCUCAGAACUCUAUGAGAUAUGCAUACUCUGAUGAUGCGAGUGAAGAGUUUGACAAGGAUGAUACGAAUUUGACACUCAUCAAACCAUCAUCAGUGCCUUCUAACGAUGUUCGAACUGCACCCGAAGCAAGACCACUACAAGCCAAUAAUGGAUUAUCAAAUGGUGAUUUAGAAGAAGACAAGACAGAGUAAAAGUUGAAACUGAGUUGCAAUAUAUUGUUAUCAGUGUAACAAUCUCCAAUUGCUUCUAUUGUUCUAUACUAUACUACACUAAAUACCGGGGGAGGGGAGAGCAGGAGCCAUGACAGGGAAAGUUCCAUUUUUAGAUUGUGCCAUGUUAGCUUUUCGUUAAAUUUCUUCCUUUUUGUUACUUUUUUGUCUCCAUGUAUUUGUUUAUUUGGUUAUUAAAUUGAAUAGCAGUGCCCCUUUGUGUGAUAAAAAAGGAAAAUCAUUGGAGAUUACUAAGCUCA